GCAAUCAUGCAUUUCCUCGCCCUCCUGGGUGCGUUUGCGCUCCUGGUUGUCUCCGCUAUUGCCGAUGUCUCGACCGAUGUCUUCUACUGGCCCGUUGGGGCUGCUCAACCGUCCGUUCUCGCGCGUAUCGCCUACGACCGAGCCUCGUGGAAGUCCGAGCUACUGUCCUACCACCCUCCGACCGAUGCCCGCGACGGUCUUGUCCGUGUCGGUCUCUACACUUCGACACCCACCAACUCCAGGCAGUGGAUCGGAAGCCUCGUCUCGGUGGCCUCGUUAAUCGGUGAAGACCGACCCACCCUGCGGCUUCAUCUCGGCCCUGCCGGCGACGUGUACCACGUCUCGGUGGCCUCGAGCACCGGAGCCAAGGCGACCGGCGCCCAAGUGGAGAUAGUGUCAAGUCAGCCCGGGGUACAACCACACCUGAACCGGCCCGUUGUCGUUAGCCCCGAUGGAGGGAAUACAGAGGAGGUGGUGGAGAAGUCCUUUUUGCAGAAGUACUGGUGGGUGUUCUUGAUCAUAGCGUUUUUGAGCAUGUCUGGUAGCGCAGGGGGACAGUCAUAAAGCCAGCUUAUAGAGAAAUUAUAAUCC